AUGGCCGCGGCCAAUGUCCUGAUGUCGCGCCCCGACAGCGCAGCCAUAAAAAACGCCGGGUACGCCUGCGAAACAACAAUCCACCCUGGGACGAGGACGACUGGGUGGGAUGAUGCGACUAUUACGACCAACAUCGACACCGACCGCUUGCCAUGGUCAGCCGAAGACCUGCGCAGCCCCUUUGCGAUUGCGCGACAAUCACCACCGAGAGAGCGGUGUCACGCAUCGCGCCUUAUUGUACCCAGCGUCUCCCCGAAAUGGGCGCGUGAUUUGCGUACUCCUUGCGCUUCUGAGCCCGGUAUACUAGAAGACGACGGCAACCUUCUCGACCCCCACCACAUCGAUGCCGUCCCAGAUCGGCGCAUAAACCCCUUGGAUCGACCCAGUGGUGAACCACCGGCAACAGCGGCAAGUGGCUCUCGUCACCCCGGUCGCAAAGACUCUGGAGACCUCUUCAGCGAUCCCAACAUGAAUUUUAUCGACUUUUCUUCCACCGAUGGUUUCUGGCAAGCCGCAAAGAAAAAGAAGAAGCCGACGCAACAGUUCAACUGGGCCGACACCAACAACAAUGGUAGUGGAGGUGGUGGUGACGAAGGUGAGAAAAAGGAAGGGGACGCCGGCGACCAGGCAAACAAAGACGUGGGCAGUGGUGGCGCUGGUGGUUCUGGCGACGACAAAAAAGACGAUGAGAAGAAGGACGACAAACCCGCCGACGACCCAUGGGGCGACUUUACCGCAGUAGGCGGCAAGAAGAAGAAGGACAAGAAGACCAAUCUUUUCUCGCUUGAAGACGACGACAAGAAGGCCACCUCCAAAUUCGACGACCUGCUUCCUGACAUCGCCCCCUCUGGCGAGUUUGAUGCCUUUCAAGAAAUCAAACUGACCGACACAACACCGACAUUGGACUUCAGUAUAGGCAAUUCAUCGACGACAAAAACAUCACAAUCCUUUGGCACGUGGGGCAAUUCAUGGAACACGGGUUCCGCGUGGGGAUUUGGCAAGUCGGAAGAAAAGGCUGCCCCUGCUGUGGAAGAGAAGAAGGAAGAGGACUCCAAUCCAUGGAGCAUCAAUCGGCCAAAGCCGAAGAAAAAGACCAAGCAAACUAUUAGCUUUGGCGCCUUCGGCGAAGAGGAGGAGCCUACCGGGAAGGCUCCAGUGGAGGACGAAAAAGAGGACGACGGCUUCGGCUUCAGUUUUGGCAACAAAAAAGACAAAAAGAAGUCCGGCUUCUGGGGCGACGACGACCCUACCGAAGAGAAAAAGGAGGAGGACAACGCCUGGGGUGAGUGGGGCACGAUCGGCAGCAAGAAGAAGAAGGCCAAGGACCCCGAACCUGAACCUGAACCAGCCAAAAAGGAGACGCCGCCCGAAGAUGACUGGUUCUCUCCUGUCGCCUCCAAAAAAGACAAGAAGAAAAAGGCCACCACCUCUUCUUUCUUCGAUGAUCCGGUGCCGGAUGCGCCGCCCGCAAAGGAGCCUGAGCCCGCACCCGCUGCCGACGACCCAUGGGGCAUGGCGACGUCCAAGAAGACAAAGAAAAAGGUCGGCAAGAACAACGUUUCCAGCAGUAUCUUUGAUCCUCCCGAGCCAGAGCCGGUAACAGAGCCUCCCAAGGGGUCAGAGUCGCCAGAGAAGGAGGAAGAGUCUAGUUGGGACGUUUGGGGCCUCGGUAAGAAGACCAAGAAAAAGACGAUCGACGAAAAGCCUUCCGAGUCUCUUCCCGAAAACGAACCUGAACCGGAAAAGAACGUCGAAGACGAUUUUGGAUGGGGCGUCACGACCAAGAAAAAGAAGAAGGCCAAGGCUGGCGCUGUGAAAGACCCAGAGCCAGGGCCAGAGCCAGAGCCCGCGAAGGCCACGACGUCCUUUGACGACGAUUUUGACUUUUUUGGUAAAAAGAACAAGAAGUCCAAGGCUGGUGUUGUCGAGGAAGUCGUCGAAGCACCACCGCCGCCUACAGAAGAGACCAAGACAGACGAUUUUGACUUUGGCUGGGGCGCUCCAAUCACCGGCAAGAAGAAGAAGAAGGGUGCCAAGGCAGCCGAUCCUGUGCCAGAACCGGAACCGGAAAAGUCUGCCGAAGACGACGCAAAGCAUGCCGCCGAUUCCAUGUUCCCUUCGUUUGUCUCCAUCAAGACCGACUCCAAAAAGAAGGAACUCGAGCCUGAGCCGGAGAAGAAGGUCGAGGACGACCCCUGGGGCUUCACAACGACCACCAAAAAGUCCAAGAAGAAGAAGGGUGCUGCAGUCGCCGUCGUCCCCGAGCCCGAUCCACCCAAGGAGCCAGAGCCGGAACCGGAACCGGAACCAGAAAAGAAGGUUGGGGACGACCCCUGGGGCUUCACGACUACCGCCAAAAAGUCCAAGAAGAAGAAGAGUGACAUUGUGGAACCCGUCAAAGAGCUCGAGCAGGAACCCGAACCGCCAGCACCGGAGCCUGCUCCUUCUAAAGGAUGGGGCUUUUCCAGCAUCUGGGCGUCUGCGACCAAGAAACUUAAGGAAUUAGAUCCCGAACGUGAACCUCAACCAGAUCCCCUACCCGAACCAGAACCUGAACCUACACCUGAACCUUCACCUGAGCCGGAACCUGAGCCGGAAAAGAAGAUUGACGAUGACUUUGGCUGGGGCACGACUACCACCAAGAAAAAGAAGAAGAGCAAGAAGGACGCCAUCGUCGACUCUGUCAAAGAAGAAGUCAAACCAGAACCGGAGCCUGAACCGGAAAAAAAGGGUGCCGCCGCUGUUGAGGUGGUUCCUGAUCCUCCUGCUCCGGAGCCUGAGCCAGAACCGGAACAACCGGAGCCAGAGACCGAGAAGAAACCUGCUGAAGAAGACCCUUGGGGCGCUUGGGGCACAACGACCAAGAAAUCAAAGAAGAAGGCAAAGAAGGACGCUGUUGUCGAGCCAGUCAAAGAACCAGAGCCCGAGCCAGAACCUGAGCCAACCCCAAAGCCAGAGCCUGAGCCAGAACCGGAAAAGAAGGUUGAGGAUGAUCUUUGGGGCUUCUCCACUUCGAAAAAGGACAAGAAGAAAAAGAAAAAUGCCCUUGUCGUCGAGCCUGUACCGGAACCUGAGCCGGUUCCAGAGCGUGAGCGUGAGCCUGAACCUGAGCCUGCCCCGGAGAAGAAGGUUGAUGAUGACCCUUGGGGCUUUGCUACUUCAAAGAAGGAAAAGAAAAAGAAGAAGAAUGCCAUUGUCUUCGAACCCGAACCCGAACGCGAGCCCGAGCCAGUUGAAAAAGAGCCUACCAAGGCUGAGCCUGAAGACGAUGCAUGGGGUCUCAGCCUGUCGAAGAAAGACAAGAAGAAAAAGAAGAACGCCGGCACGCUUGAGCCGGAGCAUGAGCCAACCCCCGAACCGGAGGCCGAGAAAAAGGAAGAAGAAGAUCCUUGGGGUUUCGCUACGACCAAGAAAGACAAGAAGAAGGGCAAAGAUGAUGGCUCUACCAACGGUGACGGCGCCUCCAUCAGCAAGACUACAGAGGACAAUUCUUGGGACACUUGGGGCGCUACUACAACCAAGAAGGACAAGAAGAAGAAGAGCAAGGAUGAAGCCUCUUCAAAUGGUGACAAUGCUUCAAUCAAGCCUGCCGACGAUCCGCCUCCUGCUGCCGACGACGACUGGAUGAAUUGGGGCACAACAGUAAAGAAGUCCAAGAAGUCUAAGAAGGCCACCAGCGAUGUCUGGGGCGAGCCUGAGAAGGUCGACGACCCGCCUCAUGACAAAAAGGCCGACGACGACGUUGACUUUUUCGACAGUUUGGGUUCUUCUAGUAAGACCGACAAGAAAAAGAAGAAGAAGGACAUCGACAAUACCAAAGAUGCGCCCGCCGACGAACCUGCUCCGGAAGAUGAAACCAACGACUUGUGGGGCGGAUGGGGAACGUCUUCUAAAAAGACGAAGUCAGGCAAGGUGGCCGAAGAUGCGGAAAAGCCACCCAUUGUCGAGGAGCCAGCCAACGAACCUGAAGAUGAGUGGGGCAUGAUAACGAAGAAAAAGAAGAAGAGCAAGCUGUCCAAGAACGCUGAGCCAGACCCACUGCCACGCGAACCGACUCCUCCACCGCCGGAAGAAGAAGAGGAGAACAUCUGGGACGAGGUUCCAUCCAAGUCCAAGUCGAAGAAGGAUAAAGAAAAGGACAAGGAGGAAGAGAAGGAAAAGGAAAAGAAGAAGGAGCCGAAGUUGACCAAGAAAGAGCAGGAAAAGCUUGAGAAGGAGAAGAAGAAGGCAGAGAAAGAGAAGGCCAAAAGAGAGGCUCAAGAAGCACAGGAGGCCGAACUAGCGGCAGCUCGCGAAGCUGAGGAGCAAGCUGCUCGCGAGGCAGAGGAGGCAGCACAGCGCGAGGCUGACGAAAAGGCACGCAUCGAAGCUGAGGAGCAGGCUGCGCGCGACGAGGAGGAGGCCAAGAUCGCCGAGGAGGAAGAAAAGCGCACGACGCUCCAAUCCAAGAAAGAUCGCGGCCGCAAGCUUACUAAGAAAGAGCAACGCGAACUCGAUCUACUUAACGAAAACGCCGAAAAGCGGGCCGCGGAGGCUGCAGAGAAGGCGGCUGCCAAGGAGGCCGAGGAGCAAGCGGCCCGCGAAGCGGAAGAGCAAGCCCAGCGCGAGCGUGAAGAGGCCGAGGCCGAAGCUGCUGCCAAGAAGGCAUCCAAGUCCAAGUCCAAGUCGAAGGACAAGGAUGCCGACAAGGAUUCCAAGGACUCCAAAGACAAGAAAAAGGAGAAGAGCAGCAAGAAAGACAAGAAGUCCAAGGGCAAGGACGGUGACGACGGCGACGACUUAUUCAAAGACCUCGAAGAUGACCUCAUCAACCUCAGUCCUGAACAGGUCGAAGAGAUUCUGGCGCCCAAAAACGACUCCUUCAGCUUCUGGGGCACGGCCAAGAAAAUGACACAGAGCAAGAGUUCACUGCCUGAACCGACGGGUUCUAGUGCUAGCGCCAAAGCGGCAGCAGCCGAGGCGGACGCUACAAUGGCAGAUGAGUCAGCGAAGGUUCUGGAAUCGACAAAGGACGCUAAGAGCUCCAAGUCCAAGAGCUCCAAAAAGGGCAGUGCCGUUGCGGAGGCGACCAAAGAAAAGGAGAAGGACAAGGAUAAGGACAAGGAUAAGGACAGGGACGUCGUCGCGUCGUCGCCGCCGCCUACCGCGUCUUCCUCCAAAGUCAAGAAGGUCGGCGGCAAGAUUUCCGAUCGCCUCAAAAUAUUCGAAUCCAUUGCCGACGACAGCAAAAAAGCUCCUGUUGACGAAGAACCUACCCCUCCACCACCGCCUCCUCCUCCUGCGCUAGAAACAGUGAAGGAGAAGAAGAAAAAGUCCAAAUCCAAAGACAAGCAGAUCGUCGUCGAAGAAGAGCGUGAACCCAGUCCCCCGCCGUCAGCUCCUGUCACGAAGAAGGGAACUUCUCGGUGGUCCUUCACAUCGCCGCUGAGUUUCUCCGUCGAGGAAAAUGACGGCGCUGACGACGCCAACAAGCAGAGCCACGACGACGAGCUUGUUGUAGACAUGGCGCCGACGAAGAAAUCAAAGAAGGGCACCAUCAGCAAGUCCAAGUCCAAGGUCGAAGCUGUGCCGCCACCGCCGCCACCGGCUCCUCCUGCUCCCCCAGCCGUUCCCGAAGAUCCAACAACCCCACCGCACGAGUCUCGAUCCGCAAAGAAAGAACGCGCUAAGAUUAGCCGCGAUGGCAGCUCGUCGUGGGGCAUGUGGACUGCUGCAACACCACAGCCUUCGUCCUCGAGCAAGAGUCGCGAAAUGCGCCAAAGCUCCUCAUCGAAGAGAGAGUCCAAGAGCAGCAGCUCUAGGAAGGUAUCUGGCGAACGAGAUGAAAAGGCGUCCUCCUCCAAAGAAUCGUCCGCGUCCGACAAAGCCGACCAUGACCGUUCGAUGAAGCUAGACAAGGGUACCAUCAAAGAGACGCCCGCCAAGAUGCUUCGCCGUCAGAGCGUGUUUACCAGCACGCCGCCCCUAUCACGAUCCACCUCAACGCGCGAGAAGCGACACAGCAGCUCGCGGCGCAACUCUGUCGACAUGUCUCACGGUGUCAUUUCGCCCCCACCCGAACCUGCCGAGAUGUCGUCUAAGGCGGCCAAGAUCCUGGGUGUUGGUGUGGAUGGUGCAAAUCCUGACAAAUUGGAGCGGCGUAGAUCAAAGGCCCGCCGCCAAGACGAAGAUGACGUCACGACCGACGCUGCCGCUUUCCCCGUGGCUCCUUUCAAGCGCUCCAACUCGACCUCUACCAAGCGUUCCGGAUUCUCCGGCCUAUUUGGAAAGAUCUCGUCUACCCCUACACCGGAGACUCCCGUGCCUCGCUCCGAACCACGACCCAGCGGCAGUAGCCGCCGCCGCGACCGCGGUGUGACAACCGAUGUGGAAGACGGUGGAAACGUGACAGAUGCCGACCAAGAAGCGCGCCGUCAAGCACGUCGCGCACGUCGCGCUGAACGAGAAGCCGCUGAACGCGCCGCCGAAGAAGCACGCCGGGCUAAAGAUGAGGAACGCCGCGAACGCCGCCGCAAACACGAAGAGGCUGAAGAAGCGCGCAGACAAGAAGAACGCGAGGCCCGUCGCGCUGAACGGCGCGCGCGCCAUCGUGAAGAAAGCGACCGACGUGCGGCGCAGGAACGCGAGACGACCGAACACGCUGACCGUGAGCGUGCCGAUUACGAGCGUGCCGAGCGUCGUCGCAUUCGGAAGGAGCGUGAACGUGCCGAAAUGGAGCGUCAGAUCGACGAUGCCGAUGCCGAAGCGCGUCAUGCAGCGCGUCGUGAGCGUCGCAAGGCCGAAGCCGUCUCCCAGGCUACCCGGGAGAGCGAACGCGAAGGCGACGACGCGCGCAGACAACGCCGCAGUGAACGUCGUGUGUCCCGCGACAUGGAAGGCAAGACAUCGCGCAGACAGUCCGACACGGAAGACUACCAGGCUUACUCACGUGGCGACCGGGAACGCCGUGAAAAGCGCAGCAGUGCCGUCAAACCUAGCUGGCCGCACUCGGGCACCUCCUCGUGGGUCAAAGAGCAUUCAGACGCCCCGCCACCGCCACUUGAGCAAGACGCUGCUGCUGCCGCGGCCGCUGCUGCCGCUGCCGGCGACGGUAGUACGCCCACAGACGAUGACGGAGCACGUCGGGAACGCCGCGAACGCCGUCGUACGAGCCAGCGCUACCAUGAUGGGGAAAUGACAGCUGCAGAGAUUGAGGAUGACCGCCGUCGCCGUGCUCGUCGUGAGGAGCGUGCUCGUGAGCGCGGGCAAGACAAGUCCUACCGCGAACGUGAGCGUGGCGAACGGCGUGAACGUGGCGAGCGCGCUGACCGUGGCGAGCGCGCUGACCGUGGCGAUCGCACAGGACGCGGUGGCUCUGACGGUAGCGACGGACGCAACGGCCAACAAGACCCUGUGUUCGUGGACACGACACCGCGCAGCAGCUGGUGGCGCAAAAUCACUGGCAACUAG